AUGGCGUGUGAAACUGAAACAGAGGUCCCCGAACCGAAUCCACAUUGGGUCAAUUCAAGUUUGAUAACAGCUUGGUCGACGGCUUUCCAAAUCCAUAACUAUUUUUUUGCCGCCUGUUUCCUCAUCUUGACUGUUUACGCUGGCAUUUGUCUGCUGACAUACGGCAAAGUUUUAUUUAAAAAGCAUUUCUACUUUGCCAUUAAUGGCAUGCUAUUAUUUCUUGGUAUAGUUCGAACAUGCUUUUUAAUAAUUGAUCCAUACGAAUCUGCUAAUGCUCUUCAUCGUUAUGGUAAUGAGACCUACAUGCUACCGAUAGGAUCACGUCUGCUAUUUGGAUUGGGGUAUCCGUGUUUAACAUCAGCUUUUUCACUCAUUUUUUUGGCUAUUUUUAACUGUGUUAGAGUCAAAGUGGUUUCUCCUAAAAUACAUCGUCCCGUGGUUAUCAUAGCAAUCGUAGUAAUUCACUUUACGAUUGUACUGGUAGCGGAUAUAACUACUGCGCUCUGUGGUAACGCUAAAAUGUUACUGGUUGUAUGUCAAAGCUUUUUCAUCAUUUGGGGAGUUAUCCUUUGUACAGCUUAUUUAGUGUGUGGAUAUCGUAUAUUAGCAUUUACAAGCAGAAAUAGUAAAACCUUAGUGACACUCUCGGCAAGUAGUACUUAUUUCAAUAUCCAGGAACAAAGUCUGCAAAAAAAGUCGAUUAGCGGUAAAGUAUCCAAGGCAAUCAUUACAUCAACAUCUUUCCCUAAAUCUAUACCAAAAACUGUCCAUAAAACUUUAAGAAUAACCAUAUUAACAGCAUUAUUGGGAUUAAUAUGCGUUAUACUGAACUGUUAUUCUCUCUUUGGAAUCUAUGGGGUCUUAGCACCUCCGCAUUUCCCAGAUCCAUGGCUAUGGUUGAUUUAUCAAACGAUGUUUCGAUUUUUUGAGCUAUCUAUGGCUGUGGUCAUGGCGUAUACUACCAACGGAUCCAAAAAGAAACGCCCUAAAAGUUCCCGGUCUUCAUUUAAAACUGCAGCUGAUGGAUUGAGUGCCUCUAAGGCAUAG